CGGGCUGGACUCCGGGCAGCGGCACAUCGAGCUGGACUCCGGGCAGCGGCACAUCGAGCUGGACUCCGGGCAGCGGCACAUCGAGCUGGACUCUGGGCAGAGGCACAUCGAGCUGGACUCCGGGCAGAGGCACAUCGGGCUGGACACCGGAUCACCAGGUGGAGCAGCAGGCACCGGGCCACCAGGCGGAGCAGCGGGCCACCAGGCAGAGCAACGGGCACCGGGCCCCCAGGCGGAGCAACGGGCAUCGGGCCCCCAGGCGGGGCGACGGGCAUCGGGCCCCCAGGCAUGACAGCGGGCACUGGGUCACCAGGCAUCAGCGGGCAUUGGGUCACCAGGUAUGACAGUGGGCACUGGGUCACCAGGCAUAAGGUCAUUUCGCUCGCCAGCGGGCACCGCGUCAUCUGGCAAGGCAGUGGGCACCGAGUCAACUGGCAUGACUGCGGGCACUGG